GGGGGGGGGGGGGGGGGGGGGAGGAAAGCCAGCGAUAGGUUCUCCGUCCUCCCAAUGGAUCCCCCCCGUUGGGAGGCAUUUCGCCUUACUUUUCUCGCUCUCAUGUCUGUAUCUGUAUCCGUCGCUCUGCUCUUCCCUAGCGAAGGCAAGAGGGUCUCCGAUCCGGUCUAGAACCGCGUCCUCUCGCGACGAUGCCCCUUUUUUUUUUCUCUCUCUCUCUCUCUCUCUUCCUCUUCGUCGCUCUCCCUCGUCGUCGUCCUCCCCUUGGGGACCCACCCGAACACGGCCGCCGAAACGGGCCCCCCUUUGGCGUUGGGGUCUAAACGAAUCAAAGCCGCAACUUUGACCGAAAUCCGGGAUGUUGUCGCUGUUUUUGCCCCAUCCCUGCCCGCGGUCCCCAUCGGCAUGCCUGUCUGCCUCUGCUGCUCGCUGUCGUUCAUAGUCGCUUUUGUCUUCCUCUUCUGUCUCUCCCUCUCACACACACUCUCUCUCUCUCGCGCGCGCGCACAUCUUCUCCCUUUCCCUCUUUCGGCCUUCACCAGCCUAUGGGCUCACUACCAUGUCGCGCCAUCUGGCACCGUUAAUGCCUCGGUUGCAGCGGCGACGUCCGGCUCUACUUUUUUUUUCUCUCCUCUUUCUUUCUGUUCUCACACGUUGCUGUCGUAACUCGUCGCCGUGCUACCGUUUUGUUUUCUCCGUUUCGGAUGUACUCUCUUUCCUUCGUCCAGCUAAGCCCCACUGCCAUACAUACCUACAUACACCCAUCAUUAGUUCGGCCUCGCUGCGCUCAUGCUAACCAAUUGGGCACGUCGUCGUCCCCCCCCGCAGGAUUUGGAAGGACAAAUACGAUCCCAAGAGUGCCGGCGGCAAGAAGUAAGCCGUGCGGCGGUUGGUUGCUGGCGGGCCCCCAUUUGCGAUGCCCCUCUCCUCUCCACCCCAUUCCCGUCGUCCUCUGUCUGUCCCUUCUGCUAUCCAUCCCACCCGGGGCGACGGCCGCGAUAGGUAGCAAAGGUAGGUAUCGGGAGGAGGGGCCCUGCCGGACACCAUUUGUCAAUUGGGAUGGAGAUGGACCCUGUCUGUCUUGGAAUCACACGCCGUCAGCCUACUUCAAUAGCCUCUCUAUUGUUUUCGGUUCGCUCAUCGGCCAGCACGGCUCAUUCGUUCACCGGCGUAGCAUACAACUUAUUGGUGGUGGAAGGGGAACCUAUUGGGAUCAGAGAAAAUGCUUACACCAAACUAAGAAGGGGAAGAAAAAAAAAAGACACCACCUGACGGUAUUCAUUGGGAGAAAUAAGGGUAGAUCAUGGGGGGCGAGGCUGCGUCAUGCUUCUCGAUUUUUUUGGUUAUUUUUUUCCUCUCUCCUCUCAUUCCUUAGGUUUGGGGGUUUUUAAUUUGUGGAAGUUAAGUGAUCGCACCAGCAGCAGAGCAGCAGAAGAGGCGAGAGAGAUGCUGUGCAUCGGUUCUGCAUAUGCACCGACGAUUUGCGGGGGAAUGCAUGUCUCUCUCUCGUCUUUCAUCCUCACUCUCUUUUAUCGAGUCCUUCUCUCGUCCUGUCUCUACCUUCGUCUUCUCGUCUCGAUACGCUAUCUACCAACCCGUCCGUCCGUCUACGUCGAGCAGUGGGAGCCAGGAGUAGCGCGGGCGGGGGCCGAGAGGAGGACCAGGAGCAGAAGACGACGUCGGGAGGAGAGACGAGCAACAGGCUUGCGUGCCCGUCGCCAUGUCUGACUGACUGACUGCCCGGCGAGCUAGCUAGCUGGGCUGGCUUAGCUGCCUACAUAUCUAUACGUCUACACAUAUCGCCUAUUACACAACCCGUAGGAUAGAAUCAAAAACCGCCUUGGCUCAGCCAGGCCCGCGCUAAGGUCAAUUGAAUAGAUGAGGUUGCGCCCUGGGAGGGAUCACAACCGCUCGCCCCCCCCUCCCGCGUCCCCCCUCUCCCCUCCUCUCUCUCUCGCUCCCUCCUGUCUGUCUCGCCCUACCCCGGGUUUCACGAAUGGGG